AUGAGUACAUCUAGAGAUCAUGUUGAGAUUUUGGAUAGUUCUAAUUCUAGCACCGAUAAAGUUGAGAUAAAUCAAGAGGAUGGUGAGGUUGAUGUUGACAAGAACAUACCCGAGGAAGGCCAUACAAUGCCAUCUUCAUAUGUGGAGCCGUUUGUGGGGCUAGAGUUUGACGACGUAGAGGAUGCACUUAGUUGCUAUAAAGCCUUCUCCAGACGAGCUGGUAUUAGCAUUCGAACAAAUCAUACUGUAUUGUCAAGCAUGGACAAAUCCUUAAUUGGUGUAGAGUAUGUGUGUUCAAUAGAAGGAUUUCGUCGAUAUAAUCUUAAACUUAUAGAGAGAGCAAGACCCAAGGCUCCAGAAACCAAGUGCGAGUGUAAGGUAAUGAUGACAAUAAAGAAGAAUGGAAGCAAAUGGAUUGUGUCCAAGUUUGUCCUCCAGCAUAAUCAUGAGUUGUUGACACCUCGGAGUACAAGUUUGCUUUGUGGGCAUAGAUGGGUGACUCCGACUCAAAAAAAUUUAAUACACACGCUAAAUGAGUCGGCGAUACCAACACGGAAAAUUAUGUCCAUUUUGAGUAAGGAGCACGAUGGUGAUUAUAAUAUUGGUUGCAUUCCUAAGGACAUUCACAAUUAUUUGGGUAAUGGAAGGAAACAACUUCUUGAAGAGGGAGACGCACAAAAGUUAUAUGAGUACUUUUUGGAAAGCAAACGUAAUAAUCUAGGCUUUGUAUACUUGAUCCAAGUUGAUGCAGAUGGGUCGAUGGGAAAUUGCUUUUGGGCGGAUGGUAAAUCACAAGCUGCAUAUCAAUAUUUUGGGGAUGUUGUUAUAUUUGAUGCUACGUACCUAACAAAUCGGUACAAGAUGCCCUUUGUCCCAUUCACUGGAAUUAACCAUCAUCAUCAAUCUGUGAUGUUUGGAUGUGCAUUAUUGAUAAAUGAGACAGCCGAGUCUUACACAUGGUUAUUGAAAACUUGUCUAGAAGCGAUGCUUGGUUGUGCUCCGUCUACAAUAAUAACUAAUGAUGACAAGUCAAUGGCUAAGGCCAUCGUGGACGUAUUGCCCAAUACAACUCACAAAUUGUGCUUAUGGCAUCUCCUACAAAAAGUUCCUGAACAUCUAGCUCAUGUUCACAACAAAUAUCCAUAA